AUGCCUUUCGAAGCCCGUGUUAAGUCCGUUCUGUCGGGCGAUACGAUUGUGCUGUCGCAUGUCACCAAUCCCACACAAGAACGCAUUCUCUCCCUGGCUUAUGUCUCGGCUCCUCGAUUGAGGAGGGAAGGUGAUGAGCCUUACGCCUUCCAAUCCCGUGAAUUCCUUCGUGAAUUGCUCGUUGGCAAGGUCAUUCAAUUCCACGUCGUCUACUCCAUCCCCACUGGUGCCAAGCGCGAGUAUGGUAUCAUCAAGCUACCUGGCUUCGACGCUCAGCUUCCCGACAUCAGUGUUCAAGAGGGCUGGACCAAGGUCCGCGAGGAGGCUGGCAAGCGAAGUGAUGAGUCCGAAGAAACUCUCGCGCUGCUGGACCGGCUGCGGGCUUUGGAGUCACUCGCCCAGGAUGAGAGCAAGGGUGUUUGGGCUUCUUCGAACCAGGGUCUGAUUGAGACGAGCUAUGAACUGGCCAAUGGCCAGGAAUUGGUUAGCAAGCACAAGGGGGAACAGUUGGAGGGUAUUGUUGAGAAGGUUCUCAACGGUGACCGGGUUGUGCUGCGUCUGCUUCUCUCACCACAGGAGCAUGUCCAGACCGUCGUGGCCGUUGCUGGUGUCCGCGCCCCUUCUGCCAAGCGAACCACCGCCGAGGGCAAGGAGCAGGCUGCUGAGCCCUUCGGUGAUGAAGCACAACAGUUUGUCGAGUCUCGACUGCUGCAGCGCAAGGUCAAGGUCUUUCUGCUGGGUGUCACCCCCCAAGGCCAAUUGGUGGCUACUCUUCUGCACCCCAACGGAAACAUUGCCCGCUUCCUUCUGGAGGAAGGUCUGGCUCGCUGCCAAGAUCACCACUCCACUAUGCUCGGUGGAGAUAUGGCUCUCCUUCGCCAGGCUGAGCUCACGGCAAAGAACGCCCGCAAGGGAGUCUUCACCGGCCACAUCGCUCCCAAGGGCACCGGUGCUGCGGCUAUUGAUUACACUGUCAGCCGUGUUUUGAAUGCGGACACCAUCUUCCUUCGAAACAAGGCCGGCCAGGAGAAGAAGAUUAGCCUGACUAGCAUUCGCCAGCCCAAGCCUUCUGACCCCAAGCAGGCUCCCUUCGCUAACGAUGCCAAGGAGUUCUUGCGCAAGAAGGUGAUCGGUAAGGGUGUCAAGGUCACUGUCAACGGCAAGAAGCCUGCCACGGAAGGCUAUGAGGAGCGCGAGGUCGCCACUGUCGUACAGGGCAACACCAACAUCGGCCUGUCCCUGGUUGAGGCUGGUUAUGCCUCUGUGAUCCGCCACCGGAUGGAUGACAAUGAUCGUUCCCCCGAUUACGAUACUCUGCUUGUGGCUGAGGCUGAGGCCCAGAAGGACGGCCGCGGAAUGUGGUCCCCCAAGCCGCCCAAGGUUAAGCAGUACACCGACUACUCUGAGAGCGUUCAAAAGGCCAAGUUGGAGGUUGGCAUUCUGCAACGUUCCAAGCGCAUCCCCGCCGUUGUCGACUUUGUCAAGUCCGGCUCUCGCUUCACUGUUCUGGUCCCUCGUGAAAACGCCAAGUUGACGCUUGUUCUGUCCGGUAUCCGUGCCCCUCGCUCUGCCCGUGGUCCCAAUGACGCUGGCGAGCCCUUUGGCCAGGAGGCCCACGAGCUGGCCGUCCGCCGCUGCAUGCAGCGUGAUGUCGAAAUUGGCGUCGAGACCAUCGACAAGGUGGGUGGCUUCAUCGGCAGUCUAUACGUGAACAAGGAGAACUUCACCAAGGUCCUACUGGAAGAGGGUUUCGCCACAGUGCACGCCUACUCGGCUGAGCAGUCUGGUCACGCUACCGAGUACUUCGCCGCCGAGCAGCGGGCCAAGGACGCUCGCAAGGGUCUCUGGCACGACUGGGACCCCAGCAAGGAGGCUGAGGCUGAGGCUGAGGAGUCCGAGGUUGCCAACGGCACCGGCAACGAGAGCGAGGCUGCUACUGCGUCUCGUCGCAAGGACUACCGUGAUGUGAUGGUCACCCACAUUGACCCAGAGACUGGUCGCCUUAAGCUGCAGCAGAUCGGCACUGGCACUAGCGCGCUUACCGAGCUGAUGAGCGCCUUCCGCGCCUUCCACAUCAACAAGGCCAAUGACACCCCACUGCCCGGUGCCCCCAAGGCGGGUGAUUGGGUCGCAGCGCAGUUCACUGAGGAUGGCAACUGGUACCGCGCCAAGGUGCGCCGCAAUGACCGCGAGAAGGAGCAGGCCGAGGUGGUCUAUAUCGAUUUCGGAAACUCCGAGAUUCUGCCCUGGAAGAGCCUGCGCCCUCUCACCCAGCCCCAAUUCUCUGCUCAAAAGCUGCGUCCCCAGGCCGUCGAUGCCGUCCUGUCACUUCUGCAGUUCCCUACCUCUGCGGACUACCUGGAUGACGCGGUCGCUUUCUUGGGCGACCAGACCUUUGACCGCCAGCUGGUCGCUAACGUCGACCACGUCGAGCCCGACGGCACCCUGCACGUUACCCUGCUGGACCCAUCCGUCUCCAAGAGCCUGGACCAGAGCAUCAACGCCGACGUGGUGCGUGAGGGUUUCGCCAUGGUUCCUCGCAAGCUGAAGGCAUGGGAGCGCGCUUCCACCGAGACUCUGGAGAGCCUACGAGAGCUGGAGACCGAGGCUAAGGCUGGUCGUCUGGGUAUGUGGGAGUACGGUGAUCUCACUGAGGAUUAA